CUCAAGUGUGGUAGCAGCAAGACCCCGAGAUAAAGACCAGGUGCCAAAGGGAGGAACUUGAGAAAGAGGAGUCACUCUGGGUGUUUGCUACCUCUACGGGGAGCCUGGAGCCAGAGGAAAUGGGCCCUGAGAGCCUCGGACCUCGGCAGGAUGUUGUGACGUUCAAGGAUGUGGCUGUGGACUUCACCAAGGAGGAGUGGGGGCUCUUGGACCCCUCUCAGAAGGAGCUGUUCAAGGAGGUCAUGGUGGAGAACACCUGGAACCUGCUCUCCUUGGGGCUUCCAGUUCCCAAAGAAGAGGUGAUCUCUUAUUUUGAGCAAGGGGAAGCACUGUGGAUGCUGGGCCAAGAAGGCCUGAGGAGAUGCUCUGCAGGAGAGAUCAAACUUGAAAUGAAAGAAACUCCUGCAGAGCUAAGCCAUUCUGUGGUAGAAACUCCCAAGCAGUGGUUCAUGGGUGAUGGAUUCUGUGACUUUACUUGGACAAAAAGCUGUGCAACACAUGAGAGAAUCCAACUUGGAGAGAGACAUCGUGAAUGUACCAAACAUGGAAAAGGUUUUAUAAAAAAGGAAAAUCUUAUUGUACAAUCAAGAAUUCACACAGGAGAGAAACCUAAUGAAUGCAACCAGGGUGGAAAAGCUUUUUCAAAUAGAGCAUUUCUUAGUUUACGUCAGAGAAUCCGCACAGGAGAGAAACCUUUUGAAUGUUACCAUUGUGGAAAAAGAUUUAGACAAAAGAGUGAUCUCGUUAGACAUCAGAGAAUCCAUACUGGAGAGAAACCUUACAAAUGUAACCAAUGUGGAAAGGCUUUUAGAGACAAGGCAGUUCUUACUAGACAUCACAUAAUGCAUAUUGGAGAGAAGCCUUAUGAAUGUAACCAGUGUGGAAAGGGUUUUACAGAAAACAGAGCUCUUAUUAGACAUCAAAGAAUCCACAAUGGAGAAAAACCUUAUGCAUGUUACCAGUGUGGAAAGGCAUUUCAAGACAAGACUGCUCUUACUGUACAUGAGAGAAUCCACACUGGAGAGAAACCCUAUGAAUGUAAUCAAUGUGGAAAGGGUUUUAGAGAUAAGAGAGCUCUUACUAGACAUCAGAGAAUCCACACUGGAGAGAAACCUUAUAAAUGUAACCAAUGUGGAAAGGCUUUUAAAGAAAAUGUAGUUCUUAUUAGCCAUCAAAGAAUCCACACUGGAGAAAAACCCUUUGAAUGUAACCAAUGUGGAAAGGCUUUUAGAGACAAGAGAACUCUUACUGGACAUAAGAGAAUCCACACUGGAGAGAAACGUUAUAAAUGUAACCAAUGUGGAAAGGCUUUUAAAGAAAACGGAGUUCUUAUUAGCCAUCAAAGAAUCCACACUGGAGAGAAACCCUUUGAAUGUAACCAAUGUGGAAAGGCCUUUAGAGACAAGAGAGCUCUUAAUGGACAUGAGAGAAUCCACACUGGAGAGAAACCUUAUAAAUGUAACCAAUGUGGAAAAACCUUUAGAGACAUGAGAGCUCUGAUUGUACAUCACAGAAUCCACACUGGAGAGAAACCUUACGAAUGUAAUCAAUGUGGAAAGGGUUUUAGAAGCAAGCGAGCUCUCACUAUACAUCAGAAAAUCCACACUGAAGAGAAACCUUAUGGAUGUAACCAGUGUGGAAAAAGUUUAAAAAAAAAGGAAUCUCUUAUUUUACAUCAGAGAAUCCACACUGGAGAGAAACCUUAUGAAUGUAACCAGUGUGGAAAAGGUUUUAGAAAAAAGGAAUCUCUUAUUUUACAUCAGAGAACCCACACUGGAGAAAAGCCUUAUGAAUGUAACCAGUGUGGAAAGGCUUUUAGAGAAAACGGAACUCUUAUUAAACAUCGAAGUAUCCACACUGGAGAGAAACCUUAUGAGUGUAACCAGUGUGGAAAGGCUUUUAGAAGCAAGGGAUGUCUUAUUGGUCAUCAGAGAAUCCACACUGGAGAGAAACCUUAUAAAUGUAACCAAUGUGGAAAGGCUUUUAGGGAAAAAGGAGAUCUUACUGUACAUCAGAGAAUCCAUACUGGAGAGAAGCCUUAUGAAUGUAACCACUGUGGAAAAGCCUUUAGAGACAAGAGAGCUCUUACUGUACAUGAGAGAAUCCACACUGGAGAGAAACCUUAUAAAUGUAACCAAUGUGGAAAGGCCUUUAGAGACAAGAAAGCUCUUACUGUACAUCAGAAAAUCCAUACUGGAGAGAAACCUUAUAAAUGUAACCAAUGUGGAAAAAGUUUUAUACAAAAAGGAACUCUUAAUUUACAUCAGAGAAUCCACACUGGAGAGAAACUUUAUGUAUGUAACCAGUGUGGAAAAGGCUUAAGAAAAAAGGAAUCUCUUAUUUUACACCAGAGAAUCCAUACUGGAGAGCAGCCUUAGGGUUGUAACCACUGUGGAAAGGGUUUUAGACAAAUCUAAUUGUACUGAUCCUGACUGUACCCCCACUUAAGAGAAACUUUAUGACUAUUAUCAAUGCUGGAAAGCUUUUGCAAAUAGAGGAUUUCUUACUAGAUAUCAAAGAACCCAAACAGGACAGAAACUUUCUCAAUGUAACCAAUAUGGAAAGGCUUUUGGGGGAAACCUGGGACGCUAAUGUUUUGUUGGUGGAAAUGUGAAUGAAUCCGACCAUUCUGCCAAGCUAUAUGGAGCUAUGCCCAAAGGGCAAUCAAAAGGUGCAUAUCCUUUGAUCUAGCAUCGUUUCUACUGAGCUUAUUUGCCAAAGAGAUCCUAAAGAAGGGAAAGGGACCCACAUGUGCAGAAAUGUUUCUGCCGCCCUGUUUGUAGUGGCAAGAAACUGGAAACUGAGUGGAUGCCCAUCAGCUGGGAAAUGCUGAAUAAGUCAUAGCACAUGAAUGUUGUGGAAUAUUAUUGUUCUAUAAGGAAUGAUCAGCAGGAUGAUACCAGAGAGGCUUGGGGAGACUUGUAUGAACUGAUGCAAAGUGAUAUGAGCAGAACCAGGAGAUCAUCAUACAUGACAACAGCAAGAUUAUACAAUGAUCAAUUCUGAUGGAUGUGUGACUUUUCAACAAUGACAUGAUUCAGGCCAGUUCCAAUGAUCUUGUGAAGAAGAGAGCCAUCUACACUGAGAGAGAACUGUGGGAACUGAGUGUGGAUGUAGCAUUUACACUCUGUGCAUCUAACAAGUAGGAGGGAGUAGCCCAAAAACACUGAGGGAGUGAGGGAGGAUUCCCAGGGCUGCUGUCACCUCCUGUGAGAUGCGUCCCAACCACAAUGUAUCCAAGCCUCUGAAGGCAGCUUGGGCUUAGUUUGCUCUCCCAGAUGCUCCCUUUCAAACCUGCCAGAGGGACUUCAUUCAAUUGCCAGCUGCCCAGGAUUCCAAAUAUACUUUGGGGAUGGGCUAUACACUUUCCCGGUGGGUGGCAGAGUUCCCCUGUCAUACUGGCACAGCCUCUGGGCUAGCAAAAAUCCUCUUAGACAAAAAGCAUUUCAGACCCACAUGGGCCACAAUGUGCCAGCUCUUUGUGCGGUCACAAAGAACUGAACAAUAAAUAUGUGUCUGUUUAUUGGGGAAUGACUGAACAACUUAUGGUAUUUGAAGACCAAGGAAUAUUAUUAUUCUAUAAAAAUGAUGAAUGGGCUGGUUUUGGAAAGGCCGGGAGUUACAUGACUUGAUACUGAUACAAACAAGUAGAACUAGGAGUACACUGUACACAGUAACAGGCAGAAUGUGUGAUGAUCAACUAUAAACGCCCUGGUCCCCCUCAGAGGUUCAGGGAUGCAAAGCAAUCGCAACAGACUUUGUACAGAAAAUGCCAUCUGCAUCCAAAAAAAGAACUACAGAGACUGAAUGUAAAUAAACAUGUGCUAUGUUCUCUA